UUCCGGUCCGCCGGAUUAUGAAUGACGGGUGGCGCGGGUAUUCUAGACGUCUUGCCUGUUGUUGUUCUUUCUUCUCUCUGGAAGCGAGGCGGGCCGUGGCUCGCAGAAGUAGCAUCGGCAUCCCGGCUCCGGCCGGGCGGAAAGGCGCAGGCGGCAGGUGUCGCCGACACGCUCACGCACCCUCCCUGCCUGGCCGCGCCUCUGCGACCAGGUGGCCCAAUGAAUGAAGAAAAUGAAAGGCACUAAGAAAAGUCUUACAGAAGAAUAUCUAUACCUGGACUUUUCUCACCAAACAGAAGGAUGCAUCUUUCCUCUUCAUACAGCUGUGACUUUAUUCUUGUUAUCAUACUGUGACUGCAAAAUAUUUAAAGUUUACUUAGUCCUCACCAGAGAAAGUACAGAUAUUGAUCUACUUAGAGAUGUGUUGUUCCAGGAUGUUGAAAUUCAGGUUAUCUCAAAGGAGGAGCUCCCACCAAUAGUCCAGAAUUGCUGUUUACCUGCGGUGGUAGAACGACCAGACAAUUUUUGUAGAGCAGGACUUGCGGUUGUACUAAGACACAUUAUCCAGAAAUCAUAUGAAGCAGACCCUUCAAGGAAGGAAAUUUUGGAACUUCUGGGUUUUAAAAAGACUUGUUUGAAAGCCUGCGCUGAAGUUAGUCAGUGGACCAGGCUAUGUGAACUCACAAUCCCAUUGGCUAUUGAGAAUUUUCUCAGAGAGUCUUCUGACCAGCUCCCAACUAUACCUAUGGAAGUACUACAGCUGGAGAAAAAGCUUAGUGAACCUGUUAGAGUGCACAAUGAUGACAAACUCCGCAGGCAGAAGCUAAAACAACAGAAGACUGCUGCAGUUAAGCCUGCCCUUGCUAAGGGAAAAGCAAAGAGCAAGGUCCAAACAGAGGAAAUGUCUGAAGAGUUGGACUCUUCAUCCAAGAGUCUGGAAUUGAACAUGGCAUUCUCCAAGCUCAGAGUGCAGGAGGAACCAGUUACUACCAACAGGGAGCCUUCUCACAUAAGGAAAGCAAAAGCCUCUGACCUUCCACCUCUGGAACAUGUGUUUGCAGAAGGGCUUUACUUCACUUUGGCAGAUAUCGUGCUUAUGCCCUGUAUCCAUCAUUUUUUGGCAAUUAUAUGCAAGAAAUGUUCUGAGAAGCUGAUAGAAUUUCCACUGCUUGCAGCUUGGUACCAGAGGAUUCAGGAAGUGCCAAGAGUAAAAACAGCAGCUUCUAAGUGUGGGAUCCAGUUUCUCCAUUUUCCAGAGUUGUUGACUACUUCAGGUGAACAACAUCUGAAUUUAACUGAGGUCCCAGGUGUGGAGGAGCAAAACGAUUCUUUAUUUAUAGGAGGACCAAGACCAACUAUGACCAAAUUAAUGGAAAACGGCAUUGAAGUGAUGUUUUCUCCCCACCCUUGCCCUACUUGGACCCUUGACUGGAAUGGUCUUCCUGCAGCAGUGAGUCCAAAGGAAG